UGUGCAAGCUUUCCUGAAGUUAGACCUUCAUUCCAAGAACCAAAUUUUCCAAUAAAGUGUUUUUUUUUUUUUUUUUUUUUUCCUUUUUGUUUGUUGUUGCUACAGUUCCCUGCAAGAUUGUGGAACCAGUGCAAUCGCAGGUAUGAGCCUUGCAGGUAGUGGAUUAGUUCUAGAACCACUCACAAGAGACAAUUACGAGAACUGGAGUGCUCUUGUGAGGAACUAUCUAAUAGGUGAAGAUCUGUGGGAAGUUGUCGCGUUUGUUUCUGAAGUUAGUGUGAAACCAAAAGCUUUUUCUAAGACUUGGGAGAGGCAGAAUGCGAAGGCUUUGUAUAUCAUUCAGCUAGCAAGUGGAUCAGAGGUUCUUACUCAAAUUAGAGAUCUUGAAACGGCAAAAGAAGCUUGGAACAGAUUGGAAGCAUUAUACAGUUCACAAUUAAAAGCAGACCCAGAUGACGAGCUAGGUAUGGACGAUGGCAGUCUCCUACACAAUAAACCGUUGCACAGAUAUGUGGAGAGCGGUGAGUGGAAUCCUGCAAGAUCAAUCAUCAAUGGGAACUAUGAGGCUAUAUUUUCCACGUCCUCUAUGGGGAGAACUGUUCUUCAUGUUGCUGUAAUUGCCGGGCAUGAACACAUUGUGGAGAAAUUAGUCAAUUUAGGGAGACAUAAAUUACUGAAAAUGCAAGAUAAUUUUGAUUACACUGCUCUUGCUCUCGCUGCUGAUUUAACUGGAAACGUUAACAUUGCAAGGUGCAUGGUUGGAAAUUAUGGAGGUCGAGAUCUUCUAACCAUCAAGACCAAAGACAAUGAAAUUCCUGUUCUUCUUUCUGCUGUUAAAGGUCACAAGGAAAUGACUCGCUAUCUUUACCAGCAAACUCACUUAAACGUAUUCCUCCAUAAUAAUUCACACUACGGAGUUUUGCUUCUUACACAAUGCAUCACUGCCAAAAUAUUUGAUGUAGCUUUGAGUUUAAUCCAUCGUGUUCCACAACUGCCUCUCACCGUUGAAUCCAAUAGUCUACGGCCCUUAUACGCAUUGGCAUGCAUGCCUUCUGCAUUUCCUAGCGGCUGCGAAUUUGGACUUCGACAACAACUCAUUUAUAAUUUUUUAAGAUUAGAAAAAGCAGAGAUAAAGCUGCAAAACUGGUUCCGAAUAAGCCUUCGGAUUGUGCCGGAUGUUACUCAAAUAGAAGACCUAAAUGUUGCUCAACAGGAAGGCAAAGAUAAUACCUCUUUUGCAGGAAGGUUCUAUGCAUUGGCUUUGAAUUUUCCUCCCAUAAAGCUCUUAGGUCUGCUGCUUAUAUCGGUGUAUCUGUUAUUUCAACAUUUUAUACUUUUGAAGUUCUUCACAGGACAUAGGGAAAUAUAUGAACAUAAAAGGACCCACUGUCUAGUUCUUGAAAUAUUGAAGUGCUUGUGCAAAAGAAUUUCAGAUUACAAGGAAUCACAACUCCGGGAGGCUUCAGCGUAUGAUGCCAUGUUGCAGGCAGCAAAGCUUGGAAUUGUUGAGUUCAUAGAUGCAAUGAGGAAAGCUAAUCCUGACCUCUUAUGGGCCAUUGAUAAAAACAAGAGAGACAUAUUUUCGCAUGCAAUUUUGAAUCGUAAAAAAGAUGUCUUCCACCUUAUAAAUGGUUUAAAUAAUGGACGGAAGGAGAUAAUUAAAUGUCGCAAAGACGUCUUUGGCAAUACCCUGUUGCACUUGGCAGCAUAUCUAGGACCUUCCUCUCAUCACAAAUCUGGAGCUGCUCUCCUAAUACAAAGGGAUCUUCAAUGGUUCAAGGCUGUUGAGAAAAUUGUGCAUCCUAAAUGUAAGGAAGAGAAAAAUGCAAAUGGUAAAAGACCCCAUGAGGUAUUUAGUGAAAGUCACGUGGAGAUGGUGAAAACCGGUGAGAAAUGGGCAAAAGACACCGCUAUUUCUUUUACUCUUGUAGGAACUUUCAUAAUUAUAAUCAUGUUUGCUGCGACAUUCACUAUCUCCGGUGGAAACAAUCAAGAAACUGGAGUACCCAUCUUCUUACAUGACCACAUAUUGACCUUGUUUAUUAUAGCAGAUGUAAUAUCUAUCUUUUCCUCUUCCACUUCAGUCCUGGUUUUUCUUGGGAUCCUCGCAUCACGUUAUGCUGAGAAAGAUUUUCUCAAGACAUUGCCAUUGAAGUUAUUUUUCGGCCUUGUGACCCUUUUCUUGUCUAUGGUGGCAAUGAUGGUAGCAAUUUGUGCUUUACUUGUUAUGCUGCUAAAAGAAUAUCAGCGAGUCAUAAUAGCAGCCAUGUCACUCGGAAGUAUUCCAGUUAUUGUCCUAGUACCAUCACUGCUAGGCCUCUUCUUCGACAUUUUCAAUUCAAUAUGUAUGCAACAUAUAUAAAGUGAACGGAACCAAUAACAAGUGCUUAUUAACUGAUCAAAGGCCCUUGGAGUUGAGAACUUCAGUGCUAAAUCAUA